UGUGUUAGUGUUCCUUUGGCAGUCUCAGCUCGCUGCAUUUCUACAAAUGCUGAAAGUGGGAAAGAGCCAGAACUUGGGAAGUUUGGGAUGGGCGCUGCUCCCUGGCCAAAUUUUGCAGCAGCUUGACAUAUGGUCCAAAUCCAACUAUCAAGUGUUUCAGAAGGUCACUGAUCAUGCUACAACUGCCCUCUUGCAUUACCAGUUGCCUCAAAUGCCAGAGGUGAUGGUCAGGUCAUUCAUGACCUGGUUAAGAAGUUACAUAAAGCUGUUCCAGGCUCCAUGCCAGCGCUGUGGAAAGUUUCUGCAGGAUGGCCUACCACCCACGUGGCGGGACUUCCGGACACUGGAAGCAUUCCACGACACUUGUAGACAAUAGCCCAACUUGGAGGCUGAUGGGAGGGUGUGGAUGAAGCAGACCUGAGGGUUGGCCCUGAGAAAACGCCUCUUUGCUGUUUUUCCAAGUGUCUAUAUUUGCAUUUCCAUCUUUAUCAGGGUCGCUUUUUUACCUAAGUCAAAAGGAGCACUGAAACACUGGUAGUUCUAACCUGCUGCCCUGACUCAGUUCAGCAAGGCACCAGAAGGCGAGAAGAGGAGGGACAAUACUGUCCCAUGAUCGUCUUUUAAAUCGCUGAGCUUCCAGCACUGAAACCAACCAUUGGGAUCAAUCAAGAUCGACACUUAGCAUGAAUUCCAGAUACCUUUGAAAAGGAUGUAUUGUAUAAAUUUUGCCACCAAAACACACUGCAGUCUAGAAAAUAUUUUUGUAUGAAUAAAAGUUAAUAUUCAAUUGA